AUGUACAAAAGGCAGUACCACAGACCCAUUUUCAUACUCUUCUGCAGCUUAGGCUUCUCGGACCUGCUAACGACUUUUUCGUCGUUUUACGUGACGCUGUUGUUCAUGGCGAAACCGGACAGCACCGUCUACGGGACUGAAGAGCUCCUCAAGGUGUACUCGGCCUUCUCCGUGGCCGUGCUGUCGGCCCUGUACAACCUGAUGAGCAUCGGCAUCGAGAGGUGCCUCUCUGUGGCUGCCUGCCUGCGGGCCAGGCACACUGUCUCCGAGUGGCAGAGCCUGGCUGCGGUCUCCGUCAACUGGGGACUUGCCAUGCUCCUGGGCUGCCUGCCGGUCGCGGGCUGGAACUGCCUGCACACCGGCGAGACCUCCAACCUGUACAGCCCCUUGUGCAUGGACUACCUGAUCUUCGUCACUAUCCCAAACUGCCUGGUAACCUUCACGAUUCUUUUCGGCACCUACGUGACCAUCAUCGUGAAGCUCAGAAAACACAAAACGGCAGUCGCCGCUUUCGGGGCUUCAGUCGUGAACACCUACAGACAAGCAGAAGCGCGGGUGACGAGGACGAGCGUAUUUAUCUGGUUUUUGGCGAUGGCAUCCUAUUUGCCCUUUUUUGCCGGAGUACUGUGGGACGCCUCCAAACCUCUCUGCCCGCAACAGCUCACUACGGGGAUUUUUGUCUUCCGGAACAUGACCAGCAUCAUGUUUGCGGUCAAUUCGAUUGGAAAUCCACUCCUCUACACGCUGAAAUUUAAAAGCGUGGGAAAAACUUUAAAUGCACUGAAAUGCCCAACCAGGCAGAAAGUUAACGUCAGUGCGGUGGCUCCCGUUUAA